UGUGAACCGACUUGUCAGUUGUCACUUACUUGAUUCUUGUUUACACUUUUCAACGAUUUUCAUGUUUCAUUUCUAUUUCUAUUUUAACAUUAUAUGUAUAUAUAUCAGGACUAUCAAUAAACUUAACAUUAAAUAUUAAGAAAAACUUUUUUUUAUCACUUGAUCAUCUCAAAUGCAAAUUGCAAUAUUUAAAACAAACCAACACUUGGAGGUUAAGAAUUGUAAAUUAAAAUUAUAAUUGUUAGUUGUGGACAUAACAUCGUGACUAUGAAGACAUAUAAACGUAACAACGUGUUGAAAGUAGCGGCCCCGAUCGAAGGCGUACUCGGCUUGUGUAGACUUUGCCUGGAGGAAGCCAAACACGGUGUCCCUAUAUUUGCUAACAAGAACGAUAUUUGCAGUACGAUUUCUACUCAGAUUAUGAUGUGUGUCGGCUAUGAGGUCACACCAGAAGACUGCCUGCCAAAUGUGAUAUGCAUAGAGUGUAACAAAAAAUUGAAUGAUUAUUACGAAUUCAGAAAAAAAUGUAACAGAACAUACCACAGACUUAAAGCUCAUUUGUUUGCCCUUCAAGCAAGAAUUGCAGAUGAACUUAACGAAAAAGUUGAACAGGAAAAUACACAUUUAAUAGACAACACAGUUUGUCCAGUCAAUCCUCUCUGUGCAGUCAGUGAGACAACCAGUCAGUCAGUUGAUCAACCUUUAUUGUCAUUAUUCAGUCAAUCGUUAAUAUCAUCAAAGGACAAACUUGUAUUGGCACUUGAUGCAAUUUGUAAUUUACAAUUUAUACAUUUAGAACCUGGACUGGAAAAUGGUUUGGAUAUUAACAUAAUAAACAGCAAUAAAUUGGCAAAUGAAGCUGUUUUAAACAAAGGUGUUGAGGAUAAUUCACAGGAGCUUAUAACCCAACCCACAGAUGUGACAGUGUGUCCUGACGUCACUGAGUUCCUCACUUCAAUUCUUGUAGAGAUGGACGUGCUGAAGAAUUUGCCUGACGGUGGGCCAGGGAUUGGGUCAGGAGAUUGUAGAACUAUACUGAUAGAGACAGGUGACAGUGAACUGAUCACUUUGGAAGUUCAAGUAGAAGAGGCGGCCGUCAUGUUCGGUGUGCAAGAGACAGUUCGCGUCACAGGCCGUGCUGGCGCGCCACUCGCGCGUGCACACGGGGGAGCGGCCCUUCGGCUGUGCGCAGUGCGGCCGGCGCUUCGCCCAGCGCGAGGUGCUCCGGCGGCACGAGCUGGUGCACAUCGGUCAGUGUCUCAGUCACACGUCCUGCUGGCGCGCCACUCGCGCGUGCACACGGGGGAGCGGCCCUUCGGCUGUGCGCAGUGCGGCCGGCGCUUCGCCCAGCGCGAGGUGCUCCGGCGGCACGAGCUGGUGCACAUCGGUCAGUGUCUCAGUCACACGUCCUGCUGGCGCGCCACUCGCGCGUGCACACGGGGGAGCGGCCCUUCGGCUGUGCGCAGUGCGGCCGGCGCUUCGCCCAGCGCGAGGUGCUCCGGCGGCACGAGCUGGUGCACAUCGGUCAGUGUCUCAGUCACACGUCCUGCUGGCGCGCCACUCGCGCGUGCACACGGGGGAGCGGCCCUUCGGCUGUGCGCAGUGCGGCCGGCGCUUCGCCCAGCGCGAGGUGCUCCGGCGGCACGAGCUGGUGCACAUCGACGUGCGUCCGUUCGCGUGCGCGCUGUGCCCCAAGAGCUUCACGCAGCGCGCCGCGCUGGCGGCGCACGCGCGGCGGCACGAGGCGCCGGACGCGCCGCGCGAGCUGCACCGCUGCGCCGCCUGCCCCAAGGUGUUCCUGCACGCCUCAGGUCUGAGCCGGCACGCCGCGUCGCACCGCGGGCGCCAGUACCUGUGCGCGGCGUGCCCGCGCCGCUUCAGCGACGACAGCUCGCUGCUGCGCCACCUGCGCGCCAAGCACGGCACGCCGCCGCUACUUCCCCGGGUCUGAGCCGGCACGCCGCGUCGCACCGCGGGCGCCAGUACCUGUGCGCGGCGUGCCCGCGCCGCUUCAGCGACGACAGCUCGCUGCUGCGCCACCUGCGCGCCAAGCACGGCACGCCGCCGCUACUUCCCUGGGUCUGAGUCUGAAGUCAGUCUGAGGGAGAACACACCAAAUAGUGUUCACCGCGCUCUGUCAAUCCGUUCGGACAACAAACUCAAAUGCGUUCCAUGCCAUUUGACGGCCUCCGUGGCGCAGUGGACUUACAAGACGGAGGUCCUAGGUUCGAUCCCCGGCUGAGCUGAGUGAGGUUUUCUUAAUUUGUCCAGGUCUGGCUGGUGGGAGGCUUCGGCCGUGGCUAGUUACCACCCUACCGACAAAGACGUACCGCCAAGCGAUUUAGCGUUCCGGUACGAAGUCGAGUAGAAACCGAAAGGAGUGUGGAUUUUCAUCCUCGUCCUAAUAAGUUAGCCCGCUUCCAUCUUAGACUGCAUCAUCACUUACCAUCAGGUGAGAUUGUAGUCAAGGGCUAACAUGUACAGAAUAAAAAAAAAAUGCCAUCCAGAGAUUUUAGGGUCCAAAUUUCAUUGAACAUGCCAAGAGCUGGGGAGUUCGAGUCGGGAUGGUAGAAAGGGUUGAAUGGGCUGACCUUGAUGAGGGACGGAAUGGAGCUGGCUUGGACUUACCUUGUUGGUCAAGAAGCGCUGGUAACGCCAUUUGCAAAUCGUUGAUAAUGAAGAUGGUUGCUUUUGUCGGGCUGACACUGUUUAUUGGAAUUAAUUGCACUGAACUACGAUUAUACGGUGAAUUAUUGAGAGUCUAGGUAUCAAAUCAUGACUCUUGACCUCAGACCAAUUAUAAAAGGACCUGUGUCACACUCGUAGUCACGAACAAAAUUGUCUGUCAUUUUCUGAAGAAAACGAGCUUAGAUUUGGUAUAUGUCUUAUACUAAAAUAGAAGUUUUUGCCCGUUUCUUAAACAAUUCAACUACACAAAAAGGUAUUUUUACGGAGCUCUUUUUUUUAGCGGAUUACAACUAUUUAACAUCGAUUCUAUAGACAGUUUUUAUAAUCGCAUUAGAUCGUUGAUCAUAUACUUUGACAGAAAAGUAACGUCUAGCGAGGCAGGUCCUAUACAAUAAUUGGUCUGAGCUCUUGACCUUCCUUAAUCUUUGCACGUCUAGUUCCGCCGUAGAUACGUUAUUCGUAUUGGUGUAAACUAGACUAUUUGCAGGUCAAGUGCGUCACUUAGCUCAAACAUUGUGAUGUGUUCUGUUGAUGACCAUAGAACUUGUUUGUUGUGCAUUAAUAUAGGUACAUGUUGAAAAUAUACUAUUUAUUCACUGAA